AUGACGAAGGCAUUAUUACUCUCGCUAGUGCACAAUGCCAGCACCCAGCUGAGUAACGAAAUCGUGGCAUUGAAUGAUGACAUUCUAUUUUUACAAAAUGAGUUAAGUGUGAGUAAGAACAACCAGUGUUCCGAUCUGGUGAAAAGAAAAACAGACACAACCAAGGAACAAAACUUAAAACAAUUAAGUGCCUUCUUGACAAAAUACGCAAUGUUCUUGUUGGACAAAAGGGAAGGCAAUGCACCUUCCGGUUGUUAUUACUCUCACAUGAUGAGCAGAAAUGAGGGAAUUGCAAAUUUGAUGGAAGGCAUGGAUAAGGCAAACACAUGCAAAGAACAUAGUGCAGCCGAACGUUUGAAAGAUUUGUGCCAGAAGAAAAGCGCACUGGAGGAUAUGCUGCGUUUGCUGCAGAUAAGUGAUGUAGAAAAGUUGAGUGACGACAAAUCGCACGACGUAUUUUCCGACUUGAUGCUUCAGCUGAAGAGUUCUAUCCGCGGGGGAGCAGAACAUUUGUUCAGCAGGAUGAGGCAGCGUGAGGACGGGGCGAAGCUUCCGUGGGGUAAAGCGAAUGACCAUGGGCGUGAUAAUAAUAACGAUGGUGAUGAUGAUGCGCGCGGGGACCGUUAUUCCACCGAGGCAUCGGUGGUGUCCGGGAUAAGCUCCAGUUGCGAACGGGUGAGUGAUGUGGAGGAAGCAAGCGGGACAUCAGAUGUGCAUGCCGAUGGCACACUGAGGGAACGAAGCCCUGCUAAAAACCCCUCACUAAAUAGACACAUCACUGAAAAGGGAAGCCCCUUAAAUUGGAAGUCACAUACAGAGGAGAGACUCUUUCCAAAGAGUGGCUCUCUCACAAGUUCAUUUUUAACGAAACAGCAAAAGUGCAGGACGGGAAAUAAUCCUGGCGAUUCCUCCCUGCAAAAAUUCAAUUUGAUGAGAAAAUGUUUUAGCAACACGAAGGGGGGUGCCACGUCGUUCCUCUUUGACCGUGAUAGGAAUAUGAACGAUGGAGAAGCGGACAUACCACCUCGAACCAGCAGAAGUGAAAAAAGUAAAAUGCAGAUUUUGAGAAAAUGCACAAAUGGAGAAUCAGUCCAUGUGGAGAAUAAAAAUACAAACGUGGCAAUCCUCAAGGAGCACAUUGAAAAAGGUAGCCCCAACAUUUCAGUUAAGCCGAUCCCCCCGUCGAUAAAUAAAUCUUGCAAAAAUGUGUGCACAAGAAAGGGGAAUAAUCAAUUGAAUGGUGAGGCGUGGGAAGGACGCAACCAAUCCGGUUCGUUUGACUCGCUCUCCUCAUCCUCUUCCGACGCGUCAGCAUCGAGGGGGCCUGGGGGGGACAGAAGCGGAUCGGGAAACCGGAUGGGGAGAAAAAAGUACCUCAUCAGAAUAAACAAAAAGGGGAAUGGCCGUUUUCAAGUUAAAAAGGAGGGAGCAAACUCGUCCAGUUGUAUCUACGAUUUUGAGGUCAUUUAUGAGGGUGUCGAUGCCUCUGCACCUCGAGAAAGGACGCGCAAACAGUUGGUACACUUUUCAUUUUUGAGAAAGGGGGGAAAGAUACGCGGCGUGGAAAAGCUACACAUCGGGGAGAUUGAGUUGGUGAAGAGUCUCCAAUUCGGGAGUACCACAAAGGGUGGUGCUCGCAAUGAGGAUGUGGAUGGCGUGUCGGCAGGAGAGCAGCUUGGUGUGCCGAGGCGAAAGAAGGAACGUACCAAGAAGGAGGCGAAUAAACGAAUUAAUUUAUUGGAGGAAAAUUUAAAAAACCUGAGGGAGGAAAAUUUCAGGAAGAAGUACGAGCUGACCAGAAUAAUAGACGACAUGAACAAGAAAAAAAUGAAAGACAUUGCGACACACGAUGGGGCCAAUUGCGAUGCGGCUGAUUGUCAUGCGGCUAACUGCCAUACCGAGGCAGAGUCCUACAACAUGGAGUUUGUAGAAACGAACCGACUGCGCGGGCUGUACAUCCACAUGCUAGACAAGCAGAACCAGCUGGAGAGAGACAAGAAUUUUUACAAAAAUGAACUCGAAAAAUUGCAAGAAGAUAUGAAAAACAACGCAGCUCCAUUAGCAGAUUUUCUGAGGGAAGAAAAGGAGAAAUUUCUAGAAAGAGAAAAAGAAUUCUACAAAAAGGAGAAGAAAUAUUUCCAAGUAAAAAAUAAACUCAGGAAAAAAAUUACCCACAUUGAGAAUGAAUUGGAGAUAGCCCAAGAGAAGUUGAAGAGAGAGAGGGAAGAGAAUAUCAGAUUGAAUAAUACCAUUACGGAAAAUUUAUCAACGAUAGAAAAAAAGGAUAAUGAGAGGAGGAACUCGGAGCAGCAAAACGAAUCAAAGAUAAAAAUUUUAAACACAGAGCUGCAGGAACUUAUGCACACGGUGGUUGUGGAGAAAAAGGAAAAAAAUAAAUUGCAGGAAGAAAUUUCUCUCAUCAGGAAAGAUAUGGCUUUUGAUAAUUUUAAAAAAGUUGUACUAGAAAAAAUAACCAAAACAAAUGGUGACAUAAAAUAUUUAGCGGAGAUCCUCGAGUUGUUAACGACAGAAAUGGAGAAUAAAAUAUCCAAGGAGAAUUGCAAUGAUAGAAAAGUGAGCGAACUGAAAGAGGAGUGUACGAAGAAGGACCAACUGUUAAGCAAUGCGCAGGAUAAAAUGAAUCAGGAUAAGAAAAAAAUGAGGAAAAUGAAGGAGGAAAUAGCCUACCUGCAUGAGAAGAAUAGGAACUUGUUGGAGAGCGUCAAGUAUAUGGUUGCCCAGGGUGUGGGGGAAUUUCCUAAUGACAACGAGGUUAAUACUGAAGAGGACGGGCACUAUGCCUCUUCUGACGAACGAGAAGGAGUAACAUUGCACCCUCCACGGGAGACCUCACAGAUUUCCCAAUCGCAUGAUGUCGCUUCGAGGAACAGAAAAGGGACGGGCAGCAAGAAGCAGGAGGAGUGCGGGCCAAGAUCAGGCAAAAGACGACUCAGCAAAAAUAGGGAAAGCUUCACCAGCUUCUCAGACAACAGUUCGUUAUUUCUGUGCCACGACAUGGACACCAAGCGGGGGUGCUCGUCCGACGAACUGACAAGUGCCGCGGGAGACCCGGACUACGUGUGCCGGGGACUCAUUCGGCACAGCUUGAGGUGA